GUAAUAUGGCUCUUCUUUAGCCAGCAGCGGUGGUGGCGGCGGCGGCAGCCCCUGGUGGGGUAGAUUAGUCCUGCCUCUCCGGUGGCGGGUUUCUAGGCUGCAGAGGCUUGGCAGUCGUGGCUAGGAGGUGGGGGCGGGUGCUGGAGGAGCGCCGGCCCCGCCGCAUGGCGGCCGCUGGGUCAAGAUGAGCACUUCAGCGUCGGUCGGGGGCCCGGUCCCCCCGCCACCCCCGGGCCCGGCCGCCGUGCUGCCUCCCGGCUCUGCCGCGCGAGCCCUGCAUGUGGAGCUCCCGUCUCAGCAGCGGCGUCUUCGACAUCUUCGGAACAUUGCUGCUCGGAAUAUUGUUAAUAGAAAUGGCCAUCGACUCCUUGAUACCUACUUCACACUUCACUUGUGUAAUACUGAAAAGAUACAUAAAGAAUUUUAUAGAAGUGAAGUGAUUAAGAAUUCCUUGAACCCAACGUGGCGGAGUCUCGAUUUUGGAAUAAUGCCAGACCAUCUUGAUACAUCUGUGUCUUGUUUCGUGGUGAGGAUCUGGGGCGGAAAGGAGGAUGUCUAUCAGCUGUUGAUUGAAUGGAAAGUCUGUUUGGAUGGGCUGAAAUACUUGGGUCAGCAGAUUCAUGCCCGUAACCAAAAUGAAAUAGUUUUUGGGCUCAAUGAUGGUUACUAUGGUGCUCCAUUUGAACACAAGAGUUAUUCGAAUGUUCAGAAGAAUAGUCUUCUUCAGGUGGAUCAGAACUGUGUUCGCAAUUCUUAUGAUGUCUUCUCUUUGCUACGGCUUCAUAGAGCCCAAUGUGCAAUUAAACAGACUCAGGUAACUGUUCAGAAAAUUGGAAAGGAAAUUGAAGAAAAGCUAAGACUCACAUCUACAAGCAAUGAGCUGAAAAAAGAGAGUGAAUGCCUACAGUUAAAAAUUUUGGUCCUUCGAAACGAACUGGAAAGGCAGAAGAAAGCUUUGGGACGGGAGGUGGCAUUAUUGCAUAAGCAACAAAUUACAUUACAGGACAAAGGAAGUGCAUUUUCAACUGAACAUCUCAAACUUCAACUCCAGAAGGAAUCCCUAAAUGAGUUGAGGAAGGAUUGCACUGCAAAAAGAGAAUUCUUCUUGAAGACAAAUGCUCAGCUGACAAUUCGAUGCAGGCAAUUACUAUCUGAACUUUCCUACAUUUACCCUAUUGAUUUGAAUGACCAUAAGGAUUACUUUGUAUGCGGUGUCAAGUUGCCCAAUUCUGAGGACUUCCAAGCAAAAGAUGAUGGAAGUAUUGCCGUUGCCCUUGGUUACACUGCACAUUUGGUCUCCAUGAUUUCCUUUUUCCUACAAGUGCCCCUCAGAUAUCCUAUAAUUCAUAAGGGGUCUAGAUCAACAAUCAAAGAUAAUAUCAAUGACAAGCUGACUGAAAAGGAGAGAGAGUUUCCACUGUAUCCAAAAGGAGGGGAGAAGUUGCAAUUUGAUUACGGUGUCUAUCUUUUGAACAAAAAUAUAGCACAGCUAAGAUAUCAGCAUGGACUAGGGACUCCAGACUUGAGGCAAACCCUUCCCAACCUGAAAAACUUCAUGGAGCACGGACUAAUGGUCAGGUGUGACAGACAUCACACCUCCAGUGCAAUCCCUGUUCCAAAGAGACAAAGCUCCAUGUUUAGGGGUGCAGAUGCGGGCUUCUCUGGGGGGAUGCCUUCACCAGACAAAGGACACCGAAAGCGGGCCAGCUCAGAGAAUGAGAGACUCCAGUACAAAACCCCUCCUCCCAGUUACAACUCAGCAUUAACCCACCCCGUGACCACUAUCCCUUCCGUGGGAGAGUCCGAGAGAAAGACAGCAUCUCUGUCCUCCUCCUUGGAGACCUCCUUGGACUUAUCCAAAGAAAACAAGAAAAAAGGAGUAGAUUUGGACGACAGCUUAAAUGGAAGCCAUAUGAGUGUGAACACUAGCCAAGAGCAAGGAGACGCUCUCUCUGGGCAUUCUGCCACAGUAAAUGGCACUCUCCUACCCAGCGAGCAGGCCGGUGCCGCAAACAUCCAGCUUCCAGGUGAAUUCCACCCAGGCUCAGAAGCUGAACUCUGCUGUACCGUGGAGCAAGCAGAAGAAAUCAUCGGGCUAGAAGCCACAGGUUUCACCUCAGGCGAUCAGCUAGAAGCCUUUAACUGCAUCCCAGUGGACAGUGCCGUGGCAGUGGAGUGUGACGAACAAGUUCUGGGAGAAUUUGAAGAGUUCUCCCGAAGGAUCUAUGCACUGAAUGAAAAUGUAUCCAGCUUCCGCCGGCCACGCAGGAGUUCUGAUAAGUGAAGUGAGCAGACAUACUUGCUCAGUAGGACCAGGGCAGAGUCGCUGCCUAAAAUGAGGACAAAGCUGUAUUUACCCUUUGUAAUAAUUAUGAAACAAAAUGAAGAUUAAUGGAGGAUAUUCCUCAGAAAAACAGAUUGUGUGAAUUGAGGAAGGACUCAGGAUCAUUGUGUAUCAGUGGGCCAGACAAAGUUAGAUUUUGCUUUCAAGGUUUGCUUUUCAGGCCUUACAGUUGUGUAAAGGCUAAAGUCACUCUCUAAUUUGAAAGAGCUUAUAGCUCGAGUCACCUUACAGGUAUUUGACUGCUUUUUAUUUACACAUCUAUGUUAUCCUCAGAAGGAAGAUGAUAAUAUAUAAAUAAUAUAAUGAACUCACCUUUAGUUUCUCAUAAGCAUUUGCCUUCACCAUAGUUUAUAAAACUCUGGGAAAAUUGAAUAUUCAGAAUUAGAGUUCCACCUUUUACAGAAGGGUCUUUGGCCAGCCAUUAAGGUUGAUGAAUAAGAAGCACAGUAGCCUCCUUUUACUUAGUCCUGUCUUCCCCUUCCCUCCCAUUUCCGCCCCCCACCCUGCCCCACAGUCAACCUGUAAACCCCGCUGUUGCCCAUCUCCACAGUGAGUGGGUUAUGUAUCCUGAAAACUGAGGACAUUGGAUCCGCUGGUUCUUUAACCAGUAGCCAUGACCUUCCACCUCUCUAAUCAGCUGUACUCUUGAUGUAGCCCUCAAAAACUAGAUGGAAAACUUUACCUGGUGGAUCCCAGGAGUCCCUCAAGGACCCCAAAGUUACUGCAGUCAACGUCCAUUCCCUUUUGGAGUCAGGAUUUUAUGUGGGCAGAAGCUGUAUUCAAAAACUAUGAAUGCUUUCUGGCAAUGCACUCCCCAGACAAAAAUCCCUGUAUGUAAAUCCAAGUUAAUUUAUUGAAUUUCAGUCAGAAGGAAGGCAUUGUAAAUGAUGAAAUAGAUAUAGAGUCAGGCUGUCUAGUGAGCAAACUGCAAGGCAGUUGAAAUAGUUGAAUUAAGAGACUAGAUGAGGCAUAGAGUACUGUUGGUAUAUGUGCAAUUGCACAAAUAUGAAAUUAUGUUUUCGAAGUCCGUUUGUCAUUCCUGGAGCUCAGAUUUUAUUUGUUGUUGCUUUAUACUUUAUGUACCCAAGGACAUCACCUCAGGGUUGCAAGCUGUUUAAGGAAAAUUUAUCCAUAUAUCCAUGUAUUAUAUAAAAGAAUAAAAAUUGAGUUUACUUCACCUGUUCUCUUUUUUUUUUUUUCCAGCUUUGAAAUUCUUUUUGAACCUACAUCUCCUUACUGUAUGUUAUGCCAUGACAGGACUAGCCCGAACAACAAACCAUGGCUGUAUCUAAGCUAAUGGUGUUGACUUUGUUUGGUUUACAACACAGACACCUUCACAGGUGUGCGUCUCUGGUAGCUGCAUUCUUCCUACAUAACAAUUUAACUCAUAUAUCUCAUAAUCAUUUUCAUAUUUUGUCCAGGCACUCCCAGGCUCAAUUUUAAUUUAAAACUACAUUAUCGGAUGGAAUAGAUCAUGUUGUUAUUAUCCGUGUAGAGUAAAGAGAACUCACUGAAUUACUGCAUAGCAGACAUGCCUGACCUUGGGCGAUUGAAAGCUUUAACUCCAUUUGAAGAAGUUCCUUUCAUCUGGAGCAGACCAUUUGUAGGGUCAUGACCUCUUUGUAGUAUACCAUUGAUCAUUUUAGAGUUCAAGAAGGUAGAAGGUACAACCAGACCAGGCUACAGGGGUCCUCCAAUGAAGUAACAUCUACCAAAAAAAAAAAAAAAAAAAAAAGGUUUUGAAGGAUUGGA